AUGGGCUGGAAGGCUGUGGGCACUUAUUGCGGUGGGGUGGUGAGGAUCGGACCUGCUGGCCCAGGGGCUGGCAUCGCCUUCACUCCCCGUUUCCCUCAGAAAAACACACAUCUCCCCAGCCUACCAUUGGCAGACGAAAUUGACUUCACUACUGGAGAUGCAGGUUCCAGCACUUACCCUAUGCAGUGCUCAGCCCUGCGCACAAACGGUUUCGUGUGCUGUUCAAAGGACGACCCAUGCAAAAUCGUGGAAUGUCACUUCAAGACUGGGAAGCAUGGUCAUGCCAAGGUAAGCCCUUCCAGGUUACACCUUGUUGGAAUUGAUAUUUUCACUGGCAAAAAAUAUGAAGAUAUUUGUCCUUCCACUCACAACAUGGACGUUCCAAAUUUAAAGAGAAAUGAUUAUCAACUCAUCUGCAUUCAGGAUGGUUACCUUUCCCUGCUGACAGAAACCGGUGAAGUCCGUGAGGAUCUUAAGCUGCCAGAAGGUGAAUUGGGCAAAGAAAUAGAAGGAAAAUACAAUGCAGGUGAAGAUGUGCAGGUAUCUGUCAUGUGUGCCAUGAGUGAAGAAUACGCUGUGGCCAUAAAGCCCUGCAAAUAGACAGGACCUUCCAUACAAGCGGGGCCGUCGGGUCUGGAUCUAGUUGUCCCAAAGCUAUAGCCUUCAUAAGCAACCUCAUGUUUUAUUUUUGUUAUGUUUCUAUCAUUUUGAAAUUGUGCUGGCUUAGUUUUGCAGGCAGUUAGUAACUUUGAAAGAAUAUAUCAAGGUGUAUAAUUUUAUAAAGUGUCUUUCCUAUAACAUUCCUGUGGUUUGUAGUGUGUGACCAUGAGAAACAGAUACAGUAGCUUCAGUACAUGUCACUCGUCUGACAAAUCACUCCUGAAGUUAAGUGGUUGCCAAACCAGGGUUUUAAAUCAACAAUGUAGCAUCUAGUGGAAUGGAAAUUUUACGCAUUUAAGUUGAAUUGUUCUUUGCUGAUUUCAGACUUCAUAUCUAGAAUUUACUGAUUAUAAAAUGGAAUUAACAAAGCUCCAGCCCUGUGUGGCUGACACACUUCCUGAAACUAAACUCAUCAAAAAAUUGUGUUCUCUUGGUGGCCAGGUGUCCCAUGUAGUGCCUGCAUCAUGGCUUCCUUUGCCAGAUUGGUGACAGACCUAUGCCGUAGUUUAGUCUGUUGUGGUAAUAGGAACUAGAACUGCCGAGAAAAUCUGAGCAAGUCAAACAGUGCUGAGGAAGACCCGGGACAGCGGCCAAGAAGGGAGCGAGACUGUGGGCUUUAUUUAAGACCUUUGUGAUCAGCAUAUGAAAUAGAGUGAACUCUAGUUGUAUUUUUGCUUUUGGCUGUGUCCCCAGCCUGUGCCCAAGAAGGACUGGCCUUACAGGGACUCUGCACGACCUCCAGCCGUUAUUUGUGAGUGUUCAUGAUGUUGGUAAGCCAGCCCUUCCCUCGAGUUUUAAAGUAGAUUUAUUUUUGACAUUAGUCUAAAAUUAGGAAUUAAGUUGUUUUUGAAUUCUUGACUUGUAAAUG